AUGUCUUCGGACAUGGAAUUCUCUCUCCGAGGCUGUGAAAACAUGAAGUUCGGCAAACAGAUCCAGCGCAGGCAGCUAGAUCUUCCUGAAUAUGCCGCCAGCUUUGUUAACUACAAGGCGCUGAAGAAGCUGAUAAAGCAACUCAGCGCCACCCCGACUAUCCCGGCACAGAGAACAGCCGAGGAAAUCGCAAGAGCUAAUGCGGACCCCCAAGGUGCCCUGCGCGCCAACAAGGAGGUGUUCUUCUUCCGCUUGGAACGAGAGAUUGAGAAGGUGAACACUUUCUACCUCCAGAAAGAAUCAGAGUUUUCUUUGCGCCUAAGGACAUUGGUCGACAAGAAACGGGUGACUCAGUCCCGGGCCACGUCAAAUUCCAAAGCACCGUCGAUUUUUGCUGCUAUGUUUGAAGGUUUCCAACAAUUUGAUGGCGACCUGAACAAACUACAGCAAUUCGUUGAGAUCAAUGAGACUGCCAUGUCCAAAAUCCUCAAGAAGUGGGACAAAACCUCCAAGUCUCGCAUGAAAGAGCUGUAUCUGCACCGGGCCGUUGAAGUGCAACCAUGCUUCAAUCGUGAAGUUCUUCGGGACCUUGCGGAUAGAGCUACUACCGCACGCCUGGAGUUGGAGGCCUGGGCCGAGGGCGAGAACAUUCAAUAUGACGCCUCACGUCCAUUGGACCGCACCGCACCCUUGGGGUCGGAAGAGGAUGAAAUGGACAACCAGAUCUUGCAGUCAGCCUCCACCGGCAAUCUGCAAACCCUACGUGAAUGGCUGGCCAGGUUGCAGCAGUUUCCGGACGCCCGUGAACGAGCCACCCGUACAUUCCUAACUGCCAUCAACGGGUUCUCGGAUGAAGUGCUCGCUUUGCUAUUGGAGAGUCAACUGGUUGACAUACAUGCCGAGGACGACAUCAACGAACGAAACUGCCUUCAUGAAUCGGCCAUCUCGGGCCGAUUAUUUGUCUUCCAUGCCGGUCUCAAGGCCUCCGUGGAUUUUGCCCGCGCCGAUGUCUAUGCCGGCCCCCAUACCGUCGAUGUCAUGGACCAUGACAACUUUACCCCUCUAAUCCACAGCAUUGUAAAGGGCCAGCUGGCAUGCGCUGAGCAGGUUCUGCGUAACAAUGCCCGCGUCGACCCAGAGCCCGAGUCUCCCCCUUUGAAGGGCAUGGACAUUCGUCCCUUGAGGGGCCCGGAUCAUAUCCCUCUGAAUCUCGCCUGUCAACACGGUUCUCUCCCCAUCGCCAAGAUGCUCCUUGAGCGAAAUGCGCAGUUGCUGCCGGAUGCAGAGGGUCUCUAUCCCCAGCAUAUGGUUGCACGUGCCUCACAAUCGCCAGAGCUACUAUUACUCCUGAAGGAGCACGGUGCUGAUCUUGACCAGAAGGACAAGCUUUACCAGUGGACUCCGCUGUUCCAUGCCGCCAGCGAAGGCUGCGUCCCCUGCCUACGCACCCUUCUUGAGUGCGGGGUUGAUGCCCAGGUUCCAGAUGAAAAGGGUCUCUCCUCUAUGUACUAUGCUGCCUGGGAAGGGCAUCUGGAGUGCAUGCUCCUCCUCUGGGCCCAGCCCUCCGGGAGCAAGCCUUCACUGGGACCGCUUGACAUUCUCAAUGGCGUGCGAAUGCAAGAACCCGGCCCGAUGGGCGGCACAAUGUCCGUGGUUGCAAGCGUUCCUGAAUUGGAAAUGGCUGAUGGUAUCCCGGAUCUCGAAUUGCCUCCUCCCAUUAUCCCUCUUCGCCGUUAUGGCCACAACUUCCUCGACAAGAAGGUAUUCAUUCAGCUUCUGUUCGAUCAAGGAAAUGUUGGGUCUGUCGCCUUUGAUCAGGCGGGCCGCCACCCUGCUGCUCGCAUGACCAUCUCUUCCAAGCUGUCAGAUCUCAUUCCUCGUACUAUGAUGCUACCCAUCCAGGAGGAGACACGCACAAUAUCGUUCCACGUGGAUAACCUGGACACUUUUGCUGUGGACUUUGAGAUCUUCCCUACCUUUGGUUCAAAGGUGAUUGCAAAGAGUGUGGCCCUGCCCGACAUCUUCCGCGCCGAGUCCUCCAGCACUGGAUCAGGCUGCCUGCCUCUAUUCGACCCCCCGCCUCCUGCCCUUGACUCAGAGCACAAUGGACUUGUGACUGGUUCCAGUUUGUCGGGAGAUUAUGUUCAGCUCUUUGUACAACUGACCCGGGACCGUGUUGCAGUCCUUUACCCGCAAUUUAUGAUCAACCACCACGGAGUCGACAUCCCUGUGUCUCAUUUGACAUAUUCCCAGUUCCAGGCCAUUGGCGCAGAGAGCGGUGCCGACCACCCUAAGAUUCUCCAGUUCUUGGAAACAGAAGCGACAAAUGACAUGCCGCAGACCCAUCGACUUCUGGCGGCGUCGUUCUUGUCGUUAAGCGAUAUCUUACGCCAACUCCCUAUUGACUUGAAUGUCAACAUCUCCCUCCUCUACCCAUCGGCCGCCGAGGAGAAGAAUCUCGGCAUGACUUCUUUGGCGGAUGUUAACAGCUUUGCCGACGUUAUCUUGACCGAUGUAUUCGACCACGCCCGUGUGGCCCGUGAUAAGAACCCAGAGUUCAUGCGUUCCGUGGUAUUCACCUCCUAUAACCCGAACAUUUGCAGUGCGCUCAACUGGAAGCAACCCAAUUAUCCUGUUCUUCUUUGCAACGAUCUUGGUCAAAUCCGUGACCUGGCUGGAAACGUCGACUCGAUGCCCCAUGUCAAUAGCAGUGGCCGGGCCUCGAUGUCAAUCAAGGAGUCUGCUCGUAUUGCCCAGAGCAACAACUUUAUGGGCCUGAUCUGCAGAUCUAGCCUUUUGAAUGUUGUUCCCGCACUCGUCGAAACCAUUAAGGAGCUCGGUCUUGUGCUUGUGGCCGACACUUCUGAUGAUGUCAGCCAGUCCGACAGAUUUGAGGAGCUACCCGCCACCGAUACCAUGGGCGUUGCCGAUUGGGCAUACCGCAUGCCCGACGGCGUUAACGGCGUGAUGAGAGCCAACGGCAUUCUGAGAUUUAACGAUAUGAUCGAUAUGUGA